CAGUAGACUUACAUGAACAAAGUGAGCCUCUUGUCACUCAUUCACAAUCUUUGUUUCGGCUACUUGCAAUUCUCCUCCACACGGUUUCCUGUGUGCAGUAGUGUUAGUGACACUCACUUUAAUGUUGGAGAUGGAAAUAGUCAUUUUAAUACAACGCCGUAAUACAGGCCCCCAUAUAACUGCCCAUGAUAUGCCUGUUUUAGGAUUGUUAAAUUGUGUGCCUUUUAAAGUAAGCAUGUCUUCGUCCAUUUAUGUCAAGGAGGUGAAAUUAGGUCUGAAAACCUUUUGACAAGUUGACUGCAUGUCCAUUAGGACUUUUCAAAGUGUAGAAUACCAUCUGCCUUAAAGGGGAACAUUAUCACCAGACCUAUGUAAGCGUCAGUACGUAUAUACCUUGAUGUUGCAGAAAAAAGACCAUAUAUUUGAAGGACUGGUAGAGUUCCCAGUGACUGGUGUCCCUGUGAAGAGUGAAGAUGAUGAGGUCAAGGGUGAAAGUGAGGAGAAGAGGGAGGCGGAGCUUCCAAGCAGCAGCUCAACACAACACAUGACAACAGAAGCUGAUGGAGACCACUGUGGAGGAUCACAAGCAGACAAGCUCUUAGCUCCACUAUCAGAUAGUGAGGACACAACGUCACACUCUCCUGACACUGAUGAUGAAGACUCUAAAGAUGAUAAGACAUGUCACAUUGACAACACACACUUCACAUGUUCUCACUGUGACAAAACCUUUAAAUACCCUUGUCAUCUGAAAACACACAUGAGAAGACACACUGGAGAAAAACCUUUUAUAUGUUUAAUAUGUGGUGCAGGUUUUGUAGAAAAUCGGUAUUUGAAAGUGCACAUGAGAACACACACUGGUGAAAAAACUUUUUCCUGUUCAAUCUGUGGUAAAUGUUUUGUUCUCAGUCACAAUUUGAAAGUGCACAUGACAACACAUACUAGUGAAAAAUGUUUUUCCUGUUCAACAUGUGGUAAAGGUUUUACACAAACUCAAUAUUUGAAAACACACAUGAGAACACACACUGGAGAAAAACAUUGUACCUGUUCAACCUGUGGUAAAGGAUUUACACAAAGUUAUAAUUUGAAAGUACACAUGAGAACACACACUGGAGAAAAACCUUUUUCCUGUUCAACCUGUGGUAAAGGUUUUACACAAAGUCAUGAUUUGAAAGUACACAUGAGAACACACACUGGUGAAAAACCUUUUUCUUGUUCAAUCUGUGGUAAAAGUUUUACAGAAAGUCAGAGUUUGAAAAAACACAAGAGAAUACACACUGGUGAAAAACCGUUUUCCUGUUCAAUCUGCUGGAGAAGCUUUUGUGACCAAUCAAACCUUGUAGUACACAUGAGAACACACCCAAGAGAGAAAGUGUUGAGUUGCAGUGUGUGUGGUGAAAGAUUCUCUUCUAAGUACCAGUGUAAGAAACACAAGUGUGCUGGUGAGAACAGCAGCAGCAAAUGAAACUGCAGGAUUUGAAAUAAACUGUCAAGACUUU